AUGGAUCUUUACGACACUUUAGAUUUUUACCUAAAAAAAUCUAUUCGCAUUCGCAAUGUUAAUAAAAUUCUGAUUGGAGAACCUUUAGGUUUCUUAGAUUUUUACCUAAAAAAAUCUAUUCACAUUCGCAAUGUUAAUAAUAUUCUGACUGACGAACCUUUAGCAAAAGGAUUAUUUAUACAGAGUGGAAACAAAGUUAUUGACGAUUUUAUUAGCUAUACAUUAACUAAUAAUACUAAAGAAUAUGGGAAAAUGAUGUUCAUUCCUUAUGAUAAAUUCAAAAAUAUAGAACUUAUUGGUGAAGGAGGUUUUAGUAAAAUUUAUAAGGCUACUUGGAUUGAUUGUAAACUUUAUUGUUGGAUUCUAAAUAAUUCCCUGCUAAAUAAUUCUGAAACAAUUGCUCUUAAAAAGCUUAACAAUUCUAAAAAUAUUACUUCUAAAGAGCUAAAUGAGCUUAAGAUAUUUUACCAUUAUUCUUCGAAUCGGAAAAGUGAAUCUUUUUAUAAUUCGGUAAAUGAUUCUGUUAAUGCAUAUUACGGUAUUACUCAAGAUCCUGUAACCCAAGAUCUUAUAUUUAUUAUGCCAUAUUAUAAUUCGGAUUUGACACAUUAUAUAACUGAAAAUUUUUACAGUAUUGAAUGGCGCCAUAAAAUGAUUUAUUUGCAAAACGUCAUAGAUGGACUUGCUAAAGUUCAUGAUACAAAUAUUAUACAUAGAGAUUUACAUAGUGGAAAUAUACUUCUAAAUGGUCGAUAUGAUGCAGCAAACAUAUGUGAUUUAGGAGCAAGUAAAUCAGCAACGGAAAAUAACGAUAAUGAUAAUGAAGAUAAAAACGUUUAUGGCAUAAUUCCUUAUGUUGCACCAGAGGUUUUACAAGGAAAAAAAUAUACCAAAGCUUCAGAUAUAUAUAGUUUUGGAAUGAUUAUGUGGGAGUUAAUGGUAGGAAGAAGACCUUUUUGGGAUAGAAAUCAUAAUACAGAACUCAUAAUUGAAAUAUGUGAUGGUUUACGUCCACCAAUUGUUACAAAUGCACCUGAAGGUUAUAUUGAUUUAAUGAAAGAAUGUUGGCAUUCUGAUCCAAAAAAAAGACCAAAAGCAGUUGAAUUAUCGAAUAAAUUUGCGCAAAUGCAUCGUAAUGUAUGGAUGAUUAAAAUUAUAAAAUCAUCAGAUAUUGGACCUGUAACAACAAAUAAUCCUAACGCCGUAUAUAAGAGUAGAUAUUUAAGUGAUAUGAUAAAAUCUGCAUCUUCUACAAGAAGUUUAAGAAGCAAAUCUAUUACUUCAGAAGAUAAAAGAAAAUUUGAAGAUAAUCAAUCUGAAAAUAACUUUGAAAAUGGUAAAAGUAUUAAAAAGAUUAAACUAAUUAAAUAUGAAAAUAAUGAUUACGCUACAAGGGAACUUGAAUUUGAUAUCGAUUCCAAACAACCUAAUGAUGAUAGUAAUAUUCAAUUAUUAGAAGAUAAUAGUAAUCAAUUAUCUGAUAUUCAUUUCGAGGAUAAAGAACGGGGAGGAAAUAACUCUAUGGAUUUAACUAACAAGAAUCAGUCACAAGAGGAUGAUUUGUCCUACUACUCACCUGACGACGAUUUUAGUGACUCUGAAGAAUCUAAAGCGUUAAUGAUUAAACAUCACAUUCUUUCUCUCAAGAGAAUGUACGAAGAAAUACAUGAAUUUCCUGACCCCAAAUACAUGUUCGACCUCAAGACAAAAGGGCUCACUACUCCUGAAAAGUUUGUUGCAUGGUGGAAUGAGAGCCAUCCAGAUUUUCAAAUCACCAUUGAUUCUAUUAGGGAAUGGAAUUAUCGCAAAGAUGAAGAUCCUUCCCGCUAUAAUCUCAACUGGGGCAAGUAUGGAGAUUGA